AUGCACCAAGCAUUUGAAUCUGUACGACAAACCCUUCUUGUUGAUGAUUCACUUACAGAAAAUGAAAGAAAUGAAGCAAUAAUAAUAACCUCUAAAAUUUACGAUACUUAUAAAAUUAUUAAUAAUGAAGGAACGAAAAGAAUUUGUGAAAAUUGUAACCAAGAAUGUUUAGCUACAACAUAUUGUGAACUUUGUGUUCGAAAUUAUUUAAAAGAAAAUUUUUCAAAUUGGACAUCCGGAAAUGAUGCUGUUGAUAAUUUAAUAAAAGAAUGUCAAUUGAAUACAUUAGAACCAAUAAAGACAAUAGAAUGGAUUCCAUAUAAUCAUUUGGAAGAUAUUAAAUAUUUAACAAAAGGCGGGUGUUCUGAAAUUUACACAGCAAUUUGGAUUGAUAAAAGAUAUGAUGAGUGGGAUUCUAGAGAACAACGAUUAAAAAGAAUUGAAAAACCUGGAUUUGUACAAAGUGUAAUACUUAAAGGAUUGGAAAAUGUUGAAAAUGCAAGCCUUAAUUGGUUUGAAGAGGCUACAGCCCAUUUAAUUUUGAACGUCCAAAGUAAUGAUAAAAUCGAAACAAUGCAAAAGGAGGAAGAUAAACAUUAUACUAAUGUUAAAGAACUCCAAAGUAAUUAUAAAAUUGAAACAAUGCUAAAGCAAGGAGAGAAACAUUAUAAUAUUGAUGACAUCCAAAGUAGUUAUAAAAUUGAAACAAUGCAAAAACAAGAAGAAAAACAUCAUAUUAAUGUUGAUGACAUCCAAAGUAGUUAUAAAAUUGAAAUGAUGCAAAAACAAGAGGAGAAACACUAUCCUAAUGUUGAUGACGUCCAAAGUAAUUAUAAAAUCGAAACAAUGCAAAACCAAGAAGAAAAACAUUAUACUAAUGUUGAAGACGUCCAAAGUAGUUAUAAAAUUGAAACAAUGCAAAAGCAAGAAGAGAAAUACUACCCUAAAUUUGAAGACGUCCAAAUUAAUUAUAAAAUUGAAACAAUGCAAAAGCAAAUUAAAGUUGAUGAUGAAUCGAAACUUCCUAAAUGUAAGAAUGGCAAGAAACAUGUCUUAAGACAACUUUGGUGUUUUAAAACAUGUUUUGCAUGUUUUGAAAGAUGUUUUAAACCGUUCAGUAAAUAAUAUUGUAUUGCAAAUGAAUUAUAUAAAUUAAGCAUUAUUAUAUCUGAAAUUUUAUUAUUAUUAUUAUAAAUUAUUU